AUGGCCACUAACAAUCUUCCAACAUUUUAUCCAGGGUAAUAAUAAAUGGGAAACAUUUAAACAUCCCAAUAUUAACCAUAAGGAGGUGUAUAAAAUAGUAUAUAAAAGUAGGAGCAAUUUAUUAAGGAAAUCAAGGUUUAUAAUAAGGAUUUGGAUCUAACUCAGUUAUUUAAUAGAAUCCCUAAUUCUAAUAUGGGAAUUGUACUGAAUUAUGUUUAACUUACUAGAAUAUGGAUUGAAUAUGAACAACUAAGGUGUUCCAUCUUAUUAGACUCCUUAAAGAAUAGUAUCUUAAAGAGCCAUUUAGUAAUCUCCAUAAGCAGUUCAAGCUCCUUUUAUUUAAUAAUAAGCUCCAAUAAUAUAAUAAUAAUAAAUGCCUAUAAUAUAAUAAUAUUAAGCUCCAAUAAUAUAAUAAUAAUAAGUUCAAUAAACAGUGUAAUAAUAACCAUCAGUCAGUAUGAGAAUAAUAAUAUGAAAAAUAGUUCAUAAUGUAGAACAUGUACCAGUGAUUCAUGAACUUCAUCAUGUGAAUCGUCCAAUAAAUGUUGUUUCAGUUGAUGAGAUUGAAGGGCCUUGGAGAAGUAAAGUAUUACUUUUAGAGAAAUAAUUGAUUGAAUUAUAAUUGAUGUUAAAGAAGGGACCUACUAAAUAAGUUUAGUCAAAAUAGGUUGUUGUAGAAGAUGAAGGAAGGGUAUAAUUAAUAUAUAACUAAUUAAAUAGAUAAGAUAAUUAUAAAGUGAAAUUGAAAGAUUAUAAGGAAUCUUAAGAGACAAUUAGAAAGAGAUUGAUGAAUUAGAAUAAUUAAUAAAUGAGGCUACUUAUAGUUUAGAAAAUGCAGAUGAAUAGGCAGCAUCUUAAGUGGAAGCUUAAUCAUAAGAGUUAGCAAAAUGGAAGAAGAAGUUUUCGGAUUUGAAUAAACAAUAUCAUGAUAUUGAAGAAGAUAUUACAAUGACAGAAGCUUAAAUUGAAAGUAUUUAAAAAAGGAAAAUGAUUACUUAAACUACAUCUUCAAUUAAAACUACUUCCAAAGUUUAGGGAGUAUAUAUUUAUUCAUAAUAUUUAGGGUACUUAUGGAGAUGGAGAUGUUAGAAAGAGUGGAUUUAGUAAUAGGAAUAAUUGA